GGCCCCAAAUCAACACAAUAAAGUAAAGGAGCUACCAACGCAACAAAAUGACAGCAUUGAAAAUAGAAUGGUCAGAAACAGGACAAAUAUACCCAAUAAAAUGGCCAUGAAAUGGGUAGCAACCACACAGGAGAAAGUGUUCACAAUAUUAGCAACUAUAAAUGAUAUUGAUGACACAUUUGGCUGGAGCUACAUCGCAUGCCACAAAUGCAUGAAGAAACUAAACAAAAGAGGAGAUCAAUACAUGUGCCCCACAUGUAAUGAACCUGCAAAAUACCCAACACCAAGGUUCAAGAUACAAUUGGAAGUGUCAGAUGAAACUGCAGCUGCAAAACUGACAUUAUUUGACAGAGAUGCCCAACAACUCUUGCACACUACAGCAUCAGAACUCUUGCAACAUGGCAGUAACAAAGAGAUCCCAACAGUGCUGAGAAAUUUGUGUAAACAAACACUAAUUUUUGAGAUAAAGCUCUCAGAUCACAACUUGAAGAAGGGGUCACAGAACUACACAGUAACACGCACUUUCAUACCAACCAGCCUUAUAGAAGAACAAUCUACCCACAAAUCAGUGCAAAAGGACCCAAUAUCACCACAACAAAUAUCAUCAGAUGAAGAAGAAGAACCGCUGGUGUUUAAAAAGAAGAAAAAGCAAGAAGCGUCAAAGCCAAGACAAAGUGUAUCAAAUCAUCAAGAAGAAAACAAUGGACAAGAUGACAUUACUUCCACCGAUGAAGAACAAAUUUUGAUUCAAACCUUAAGGACACCCACAUCUAAGAGAACCAGAGAUGGCAACGGAAGCACGACAAGGAAGCGGAAAAGAAUAACCAGACAGAUAAAAUAGAAAAAGAAAUUCAAUGAGUAGCUUAUAUUUCAUUUCCU